UGAUUGGCCGCUUAUAUCACAUGGCGUUACAACAGUAGAUAGGAAAGGAAUAGCGGCGCGAUAUGUUCUGAAAACAGUCAAGUUUCUGUAUAUUAAUGUUCACGUAAUUGCCACUGCAAUAUAUCGACAUCAGUUGUAGCCGCAAGUGGGGCCAUCUCCGCCAACUGCAAACAUGAUGGAAGAAACAGGAUCGAGCCUAUCCACAAACCAUCCAUACUGGCCGCGUAACCUGUCCCUUCCCACUUAUGUUCCUAAUGACCGGUCCAUGACAGAAAUACUGGUCUUCCUCUUUUCUGUGUCUGGGGUAUUGCUGUUGAGUAUCUGGGCCUUGACUGGGAAGCAGGUGGCAGGACGGAGGCUCAGUGCUGGGAGACGGUUAGCUCUCUGUUGGUUUACUGUCUGUGGCUUCAUCCAUGGAGUCAUUGAAGGAUGGUUUGCCUUUUUUUAUCCAGUCAUUAUCUCAGACCAAAGCUUCCUUUCACAGCUGUGGAAAGAGUAUGCUAAAGGCGACAGCCGAUACAUCAUAGCCGAUAACUUCACCGUCUGCAUGGAGACAGUGACGGCUUGCUUGUGGGGCCCCUUCAGCCUAUGGGUUGUGCUGGCGUUCCUGUAUAAUCGGCCCUAUCGUUAUGUGCUCCAGCUCAUCAUCUCUCUUGGUCAGCUGUAUGGGGACAUACUCUACUUUUACACAGAACACAGAGAUGGCUACAUGCACAGCGAGCAUGGACAUCCCAUCUACUUCUGGUUCUACUUUGUCUUCAUGAACGGCCUCUGGAUAGUCAUCCCGUUUGCUCUAAUUGUGGAUGCAUGGCGUCAGCUCUCAGCUGUUCAAGCCAUUUCAGACAAAACAACAUCUCAGUCCAGAAAGCACAAGGCUAAUUAGAGAUGAGAACUGUUAAUUUAGCCUUACAGUCCAUCCAAGAUGGUGUCCCUUAGACUGUAUUGCUUUAAAUGGUGUAUCAGGGAUAUGUUAAUAAUAUGCCUAGUGACAAAACUGCUGCUAAGCCCUUUUUCCUGAAUUUAUUACAUGAAAUGGUAUGUUCUGGAAUAAUAUGUUCAUAAGUUCAAAACGUUUAAAAUAUGAUGCACAAAAGUUUGACUAUCAGAUCAUUCCAUUAAUAUUGAAAAGUUAGAUAGUUGUUUUGUACUGUCAUUGUUUCUAAAUAAAAUCUUAAAUAAUUUUCA